GUUUCGAGGAGACCACACGCGGUCGCAGUCAAAUCCGCCUGAGCGUCGAGUGGUAAAGUCGACCCGUUCGAUUCAGCGACAGCUCCAGCUAGAAACGACUGACUGGUCAUACGCUGGAUGAAGCCAGUAUAUAAUUGGGCCCAAGAUGACCCCGCCUGCUAAGCUCAAGGUCAAGGAUUUUCAGGAGGAGGAUGGGCCUCCUACCUCGUCGGCUGUGGCACCGGUGUCCCCUGCUACUGCAGGACAGGUGGUUUCGUUAGGUACGACGUCUGAAUGGGCAGCAGAGGAGGCGCUGGGACAGACGCCCACGUCGGCUGGGUCAGGGAAAGGUGAAAAGACGGGCGAAAAGAGGAAAAAGAGGUCGGGACCGGGAAAUAGCGGUGAUCAUCAUCACAGGCGUGGCCAUCGCGCACAAGAUUCUCCCAGAUCAAGGGAACCGAGCGGACCGCCGAUGUUCGCCGAACAAUUAUUCCAUUCCCCCUCGCUUCGGCCCGGAUUGCCUAGCAACGCUACGUCGAGCACAAUACACCCGCUCGUGCUUCCCAAUGAAGCUUUACCCGCUACAAACCCUUUGAUCAGGAAUGACAUCCACCCGACAUUGAUGCCCGGUCGAAAUAGAAUGGGAUGGUACGACGUCGAGAACUCGGAAGUCUUUCGCGGCGCAACCGAAAGGCCGCAGAAUCGGGAUGGGUUUCCAUUACCUCCCGCGGAAGCGGAAGAUAUAAAGGGAGAAAGCGCUUUGGAUUCCGAUUCUUCCUCGUCGUCCUCUUCCUCUGGCUCGUCCAGGUCGGGAGGGAAGAGGAAGAGAAGACGGAGGAGGAGGAGGUAUUUCCGCAGAGGGUCUACUUCGUCAUCCUCGUCUUCAUCCUCGUCAUCGUCCUCAUCCUCGCGGUCGGAUAGGUCUUCUAGAUCUUCGAGAUCGUCCUCAUCAGCCUCCGGGAUGGAGAUCGGCAGACGAGUCACCCGGGCGGUGGAUUUUGCACUGGGCAGGAGGAGGAACUCGUCAUCCUUUUCCUCUUCUUCGUCCUCCUCGUCGAGUUCUUCCGGUGAAGAAGACGGGACGGCGAGUGAGGCGGACACGGUAUCUUGCGGGACUGGCUGUCCCGGUUCCACGGUAGACGGGCAUCAUCAUCACCACUCCAAGAAAACUCGACCGAGACGCCGCUCACGAUCUCAGUCGAACAAGAAAAAACGAUCGUCUUCCAAGACGGGCAAUCAUCGACAGCGCCAUCGGACUCCGUCGAAAACCCGGGGCGGAGGUCGAAGAGCGAGGAGCAGGACAUUUUCAUUCGCCACCCGGAGCUCUUCUCCGGACCGUAGCGUCACGGUAGGCGGAACGAGGAGAAAGAUCGUUCCAACUAGACGAGAGUUUAGUCUGUUGCUCCCCGGACCUAUUGGAGAGGAAGAGGAUCUGGGAACGGGCUUGAUGGGCAAGAGCGUAGCGUUUGCUGCUUUGCCCCAUUCGAGAUUGGGAGGGAAGAAGAAUGCGAUCAUGUCGACGUCGGCCCUUGGGGGUGUAGGGUCGCCCGUACUGGAUCCAAACGAACCUGCACCGCCGCCCCCACUCGAAGGGGACGUUUUGCAACCGGAUUGGAGGUCGAGGCUGAUGACGACGCCUUCGCUGCCGCAAGUCUUGGAAAGGAUCAAGCGGGAGAGGGAAAAGUCGGGAUACGAGGAGGCGUUCCUGAGAGAGAGGGAGGUCAAGGAAAAAGAAAAGGCUAGGAAGCGGGAACGUGAAAGGAGAAGACGGCGUGGUGGUCAUCAUCGACAUCGAGAGCAGGAGGACGAUAGGGGUCGACACCUAAGGCGAUCACUUCGCGCUUCUGGGCCCGAAACUACGAGCGAGAAGGAUGAGCCGAGUAUAUCACGACCGCCGUCCCAGUCGGCAUUGGAUGAGAUGGUACCUCGGCUAGAGGACAAAUCGGUAGCAGGGCCGUCAUUGAGCAAGAAUCCUAUUUCCCGAGCCAGCUCGUGGACACAUAGUCUGCUCGGACACGCAACAGAGCGGCGGUCUGCGGGAGGUAGGAAACGUCGAGCGAUCAUUGACCUCUCGACGGAACAAGACACGCCAACUGUGACUCCGCAGCCGUCUCCACCUGCGACUGGCGUUCCGCCUGCCAUGCAACAGGGUACAACGGAACAACGGCGAAGUAGGCCGGGUAGAUCUAGGUCGAGAUUGUUGCAAAUCAAGUCGGAUUUCGGUCUUGAAGGCGGCGACGCCGCUGCGGAUUCGACUUCCGCCAGGCGGACCAGUAGCUUGACGGAUGUCGUCGGCCUUGGAAAGACUGGCGCUGUCAACGCCGAAGAGGCGAGCAACACGUCGUCCACAUCGUCUGAUGCAACCAAGACCGAUAUCGUGAGACCGAAAUCAGCCUCGGAUUUGCUAGGCAUGAAUCGCGAUCCGGUAUCGCGAUCCCACAGCUCGACCCAAUUGCAUACGCAUCCGCAUCGCAACAAACCUCCGCUCUUUGUCUUGCCCCCAGUACCUCGCCCCGCGUUACUCCGGGGCCAGACAGGGGCCGCAAUCGGUCAUCGCCCACCCACACUCUUGAGAACCAUCGAAACGGCUGAAGCCGACGUCGAGAUUGAGAGGAAGCUUGGGAAAGAUGGGUGCUGGUGGCUUGACGUGAGCUGCCCUAGCUGGGAGGACCUACGGGAUCUAGGAGAGCUGCUUCACCUGCAUCCGCUAACACUUGAAGACGUCUUGCAGCAAGAUCCUCGAGAAAAGCUGGACGUUUUUGAAAACCUUGGUUAUUACCUCAUCGUCUUCCGAGCUAUCGACGAGACGUACUUCAAGUACACUGCUCCCGAUACAGGAUCAGCACUGAUGAAGCCUGGCGGCUUUCUGCCCACCUCCAAACGUAACGGCAAGUCCUCGACAUCACACAAGUCUGGCAGAAAAAAGGGAAAGCUGGAAAUUGUCGAGGACAACCCGGGAAAGGAAGGUUUGGAAGGGGUGGGUGUUGGUGGUAUCAACAUCUACCUUGUCGUCUUCGCGGAUGGCAUCGUCAGCUUCCACUUUGGAGACAUUUCCAAACAUAUCGAUCGAGUGAGGGAAAAGAUUUCCACCUUGGAUAAGGAAUCUACCAACGCUGAAUGGAUUGCACACGGUCUGAUGGACUCGAUUGUCGAUACCUUUUUUCCUCUGAUCGGCCACAUCGACGAUGAGGUGGACGAAAUUGAUUCGCUUGUCAUCGACCCCUCGACCAAACCGCGCAAGCCCGAGAGAGCCCGACCUGGUCUGGUCGAAGCCGAUCUCAAGGCUACGCUAGCGCAGAACAAUGGAAUCGAGCUUUCCGACCGGUCGUCACCACCAGCUUCUAACGAAAAGGCCUGGUACCAGAAAAAGAAGAAGACCAAAAGCUGGAAACCGCUCGCGCGGUUGACCCGCAAGCUCAAAACGUUUCCGGGUCAGCGCUUUGCAGCGUGGCGCAUGCGGUAUCGGCUCUGGCGAACGGAGAGCAAAGUGGGAGCCAUGUUGGGCAUGCCCGCUCGAGCGAUGCACAAAGUGGUACUCUUUCUCGGCCUGAACCAGUUCCGACGGAAGAACCCAAAUCGAGACGCUGCCUUCCGACCCGUCUUUGAUCGGUCACUCAUGUUGAGGCGCAUUACGGAACUACGCAGAUUGACUACGGGUCUGACUCGCUUGCUUGGUAGCAAGUAUCAGGUCGUCACUCGGUUGAAGAAGCGGGCCGCUGAGGAGAACGGCGAGGUCGGAGCGUACAUUGGUGAUGUGCAAGAUCACAUCCUGAUGCUUCAGACCUCGCUCAACCAUUACGAGUAUAUUCUCUCCCAUUGCCAACCUGCGUACAUGUCGUAUCUCGGCGUCACAAGCUCGAUCGUGCGAGGUGACAUCUCCAACAUGAUUCUCGCGCUCUCGUGUGUCACAGUUGGGUACCUUCCAAUGCAAUUUGUGACCUCCCUCUUCAGCGUAAAUGUCCACAUUCCAACCAACCUCGGACCCGAGUCUGGGCUCUAUGGGGAAGCUCGUCGCAACGAUGGAUCGCGUCGACCUCUCAAAUUAUUCUUUGUGGUCAUGGCCAUCGUAUGCGUUAUCGCUGUGGCCAUGAUGCUGUUGAUCCGCUACUGGCGAUGGCAGGCAAAGCAAAAAAGUCGAAGCAGACGAACACCGCAGGUCGAUACCCUGACCGUGACCGUGGACGGUUCUCAUUGGUGGGCUACGAGGUGGCAGACCGUCAAGUUCAAGUGUCAGGGCUUGAUCAAAAAGGAAUAGGCGAUGUGCGAGACUUGGAGUUCACAUCGCGGUUGCCGCGCAUGACAUUGGAUCUAAGGCAUGCGGACAAUGUGACACAAGCAUCACAACUUUGCGAUUGCAACCAUCCUCGUAAGGAUAGCCGUUUUGCCCAUGUAGUCUGGAGCUUUGCAAGCAGAUAAAGACCUAUCAGUAUAAAAACCAGACGGCUAGUCGCGCGUUUCACCGAACUUCUCUAGAAAUCAGGGGGUGUUGAGCUUCGAAACAACUUGCUUCUGACGCCCGUGCACCUACACGUUGGUUCACUUCAUAUCGUGAUGAUCCAUACACCUUACUGCCUCUAUCAAGGUAGGAAAGCCGAAAGUGAAUGAAAGGUGC